AUGGCUGAUAGGAAAUUGGUUCCAAUAACGGCGAGUUCUUCUUCUGUUGCGGUGUCUCCUCCUCUAAAAUAUGAUGUGUUCCUCAGCUUCCGAGGGGAAGACACACGCGAAGGUUUCACUAAUUAUCUUUAUGAUGCAUUGUGCCGUAAAAACAUUGAGACUUUUAUUGAUAACAGCCUUGUUAGAGGAGAUGAGAUUUCAUCAUCCCUUCACCAAGCAAUUGAAGAAUCAAACAUUUAUGUCAUCAUUUUCUCCCAACACUAUGCUUCUUCCACGUGGUGUUUGGAUGAACUCACAAAGAUACUCGAAUGCAAGGAGCGAUAUGGAAGGCUUGUGAUACCUGUUUUCUAUAACGUUGACCCAUCAGAUGUUAGGAAACAAAGAGGCAGUUAUGCAGAUGCGUUUGUUUUGCAUGACCAACGACCCAACCACCAAGUAUCGCAGAGGUGGAAGGCUGCUCUCACCGAAGCAGCUGGACUAUUGGGCUGGGAUUCAAAAAAAUAUAGCCCUGAAUACAAGCUCAUUGAAGAAAUUGCAAAAGACAUUUUGGGAAAAUUGAAACGUUCUUCCAUGAUUGACCACCAAGGACUGAUUGGAAUUCACAAGCACAUUGCACAGAUCCAGUCCAUUUUGGAUGUUGAGUCAACAGCUGUUCGGAUCAUCGGAAUUUGGGGCAUGGGAGGAAUAGGAAAGACAACAAUUGCUGGUGCAAUAUAUCAUAAACUAGCAACCCAAUUCAGUUGCAGAUGCUUUGUUGAAAAUGUUCAGGAAAAAAUAGAAAGAAAUGGAAUACACCAUGUGCAAAGAAAAUACUUAUCAGAGCUUUUAGAAGAAAAAAUUCCCAAUUUGAUUUUCGGAUUUUUAAAGGAAAGGCUUAAACGGCGUAAGGUUCUCCUUAUUCUUGAUAAUGUGAACAAUUCGGGUCAACUUAAUGAUUUACUUGGAGGGCAUGGUAGCUUCGGCCAGGGCAGUAGAAUCAUUCUCACUAGUAGAGACAUGCAAGUGCUUAAGAAUGCCAAAGCUGAAGAAAUAUAUGAGGUUAAAGAGAUGGGUUUUCAAGACUCUCUACAACUCUUCAGUUUAAAUGCCUUUAAACAAAACUAUCCAACUGAACAUUAUAUGUGGUUGUCAGAAAAGGUACUGAAUUAUGCUAAAGGGAUUCCAUUAGCUCUCAAAGUUAUGGGCUUAUUGCUUUAUGGUAGAACAAAGGAAGAACGGGAAAGUACAGUGGGAAAGCUGGAAAAGCUUCCCGAUCCUGAAACUUUUAAUGUGUUGAAAUUAAGUUAUGAUGGGCUUGAUGAUGAACAGAAGGAUAUAUUUCUUGACAUAGCUUGCUUCUAUAGAGGACAUGACAUGAAUAUUGUGAAACAAACACUAGAUAGCUGUGGUUUCUCUGCUGCCAUUGGAAUGAGAGUUCUCAUUGAUCGAGGCCUUAUAUCUAUUUUGAAAGAUAAAAUUGUUAUGCAUGAUUUGAUACAGGAAAUGGGACAAGAAAUUGUUCGUCAACAAUGUGUCAAAGAUCCUGGAAAACGCAGUCGAUUAUGGAAGCACGAGGAUAUUUAUCAUGUUUUAAGAAAGAACAAGGGGACGGAUGCAGUCCAAUGUAUAUUCCUUGACAUGUGCCAAAUCAAAGAAGUUCAACUACAUGCUCAAGCCUUCAAAAUGAUGGAUAAUUUGAGACUGCUUCAGUUCUUUAAGUCUAACAAAAGACAAGACUCAAAAGUGCACAUUCCAUCAUUUCUUGAGAGUUUUCCAGAUGAUUUAAGAUUUCUUCGUUGGGAUGGCUUCCCUCAACGAUCUUUGCCGCUGAGUUUUUUCGCAGAAAAUCUUGUUAGACUGGACAUGCGUGAUAGCCAUCUUCAAAUACUUUGGGAGAGAGAUCAGACCUCUCUCAGUUCCCAAAUAUUGAAGAAUUUCCUCAACAAGCUCAAUUGUUUGUGGCUUAAUGGUUGUGUUGAGCUUAGGCGUUUAAAUCUUACUAGCAGUGUUCUUUCAAAAUCUUCUGGAUUAAUAGUUCUCUAUGGUUGUUGCAAACUUGAGAUGUUUUCGGUCAGUAAUGCAACCACGGGGGUUCUAUUAGGAAACAAUUUGCGUAGUAAAAAGCAAAGCUACCACCACAACUUUCAAAGUCCAAGGUCCGUACUUGAGGAAUUCUCAGAUACUUUUGACCCCUUAGAUUGUCCUGAGUUAAAUGAAGAACCGAGGGAUAAUAUUCACUUACUAGAGUUAAAAAUGUUGAGAGAACGUUCGGCCUCAUUAUUUCCAAGUCUCAACGAGCUUUGCUGGUUAGAUCUCUCAUACUGUGAAUCCCUUUCAAGAACAGCAAUACAAGAACUACCUUUGUCAUUACACCAUUUGGUCGGGCUUGAAGAGUUGAGCUUGCACAGGUGCCAAAGGCUGGAGUUUACUCCACCUUCAAUUGGAAGUCUCAGCAAACUUUGCAAGUUAGACCUUAACUACUGUGAAUCACUUGAAACUCUUCCCAGCAGCAUUUUCAAAUUGAAGUUGACAAAACUUGAUUUGUAUGGUUGCUCAAUGCUGAGGAACUUCCCAGAAAUCUUGGAGCCUGCAGAAAGUUUUGCGCACCUUCGCUUCACAAAAACAGCAAUUAAAGAGAUACCUUCAUCAUUGGAGUAUUUGGUUGGGCUUCAAACCUUGAGCAUGAACUUGUGCAGAGAUCUUCAGUUUCUUCCAAACAGCAUUGGUAAUUUAACCCUUCUCUCCCAGCUUGAUUUUUCAGGAUGUGACAAAUUAUCCGAAAUCCCAAGUGACAUUGGCCGCUUGUCAUUGUUAAGAGAGUUGUCACUGAGUGGAAGUGGUAUAGUCAACCUUCCAGAGAGCAUUGCUCAUCUUUCAAGCUUGGAAUCACUUGAUUUAAGAUGUUGCAAAGGGCUUGAAUGUAUCCCAGUGCUUCCUCCAUUUCUGAAACACUUGUUGGCAUUUGAUUGCCCAUCCGUUAGGAGCGUGUCAAGUUCAAGGUUUAAUGUCUCUUCAGAUUCCAAAGAGGAAGUCUUCAAAUUUCAUCUCACCAAUAGUCAAGAACUGGAUCCAGGUUCUCAAAGUAACAUUGCGGAUGAUGCACGGCUUAGGAUCCUCAAGGAUACAUAUAGGUCUGUGUUCUAUUUCUUUCCUGGGAGUUCAGUUCCUCAUUGGUUCCGUUAUCGUUGCAAGGGAGAUUCAGUUACUUUGAAUAUGGAUUCUCUAAAUUGGUGCAAUGAUAAUACGUCCAUUGGUUUCGCCUUAUGCUUUGUUUUGGGGCCUGAUGAAGGUAUGGAUCAUGGAGAAGGUGGAUGUGGUGCUUAUAGCUACAGAUUCAUUGUUGAAUCUGAUGAUGGCAUGCACGUUGUUCCUAUACAUGAUCCGCUACCAAACUCCGGAUCCCAGUUGAAGGGUGAUCACAUAACCCUGUGGAAAUGUUGCUUCGAUUCUUCAAGCAUGAGCCAAAUGCUCUCUCAUGUCCACAACUUGACUUUUGAGAUAUGCAAGCGUGAUGGUGCCUUUUGGCGAAAAAUAUUCAAGGUAAAAGAGUGUGGAAUAUCCCCUUUUUAUAGUCAGAAAAAAAAUGAUAACGGUGGCGCUGGCGCUGGUGACUGUUCCAACUUCCAAAGAUUCUCAAAUAAUGACGAUGGGCCUCUAGAGCCUUUGCCAAGGGCUUACAAAAGAAGGCAGUGGUUCAGAGAAGGGCCAGCCCAACAAAAGAAUGUUGAGAUGGUUGAUCCAGACCAUCAAGGCAGUAGUGACUUCUGA